AUGAAAUAUGGAAGAUGCGCCCCCAGACAGCCGUCUCGACUCCUAUCGCUGGUGUGCGCGAUCAUAAUGUGCCUAGGGAUAAGCGCGAGGGGGAAGCAGACUACCGAUGGAAUUGACCUGUACAAGGCAGUCGUCAUCGACGCAGGGUCCACGGGGACGAGGGUACACAUGUACAACUACAAAAUUUUGGAUGAAGAAAAAGGAAUUAAUAUACACAUUCCAUCGAUAAGUUACAAAACAACCCCAGGGUUUGUAUACCUCCUAAAUAACUACUUUGGAAAUGAUGAGAAAGUACCCUUUUAUGAGUAUUUUAAGAAUAUAAAAGAAUUUCUGUAUGAACAUGUUCAGGUAAAAGAAAGAUCAAGGACACCCAUCAUAAUUCGCGCGUCAGGAGGAUUCAGACUGCUUAGCAUAACCGAGUCGGAAAAAUACAUAAAUUUUGUAAAGCAAUAUUUUUUAAAUAACUUUAGCGAUUUUCUCCUAAUUGAUGAGUUACUGAUCAAAGUGCUAAGUGGGAAGGAAGAAGCCAUUUUGUCAUUCGUCUCGAUUUACGCCCUUCUGGAGAAGUUCAACCCCAGUCCUGUAACUUUCACGAAUUUGGGGAAGUCCAAUGGGGAGAAUGCUGCUAUCACAUCGGAGGUGCAGAAGGGGGAGGAUUCCCAAGAAAACAAAUUCACCGAAUUGACCCAGGGGAAGACCUCCCAAAAUGGCGAGAACGACAUUAUAGGCGUGCUGGAGCUAGGCGGCGCCACUGCCCAGGUAGUAAUGAAGUUUCCAUUGUCCAAGAUGAAUGAAGACAUUAAAAAUAUAUUUAAUUAUAAACAUAGAGAAAAAGUGAAUAAGAGUGUGAUAGAGGAGAAUUAUAAAAAUAAAAACAUCGUGAAAAUUCCCCUCUUCGAUGAUGAUAUUUAUCUUUAUUGCAAAAGUUACCUCGUGCUGGGGAGGCAAAAUGCCAUGAAGACUUACCUGCAUUAUAUUAUUCAUGAGCACAACGCGAAAGAGAAGGUGGGGGGGAAGGACUCCCGAGUUGCUGUGGCUGCACAGAAGAAUGCAAGUGAUAAAACUAAAUUCAUUCCAGUUGCAUGCUUCCCAAAGAACUUCAAAUUUUAUGUCACUAAUUUAUACGAGACGUCCAUUGAGGAGGAGCUGCACGAGUACGACGGGAAGAUGGAGAUGAGUGAAUACGACUACGUUGCCGAGGGUACCGGGGACAUCGACUUGUGCAGGUCGCAAAUACAGACAAUCCUCAACCACGCCGAGAUUGACGACCUUCCAUUUAAGCUGAAACGCUUCAUAAAGCUCUACGGCAUUGAGAACUUCCACCACUUUGCCAUCGACAUUCUGAACCUCCCAGAAGGCUUCAACCCUAUUGCACUAAACUCAAAUAUGUACUUGGAGAAGGCGAAGGAAGUAUGCCCUCUGACCAUUGACGAAAUUGUGAAGGUGGUUCGGCCUGAAGCGAACAUCGAGAAGGCGCAGACAUCCUGUUUUGGGCUAAUAUUCCUGUACGAGUUCAUGCGGUAUGUGCUGAAGAUUGAGGAGCCCAUAGCGUUCCAUUCGACCAAUUACAUAAACAGAAUCAGCAUAACGUGGACAGUGGCCGUUCUGCUAAUGGAGCUCCCGCCGCACUUGCAGACAAUUAAAAAGCAGACAAGGGAACCCUACCACAACGAUGAACUGUGA